CAUUGCCUUCGAAACUUCCUAUUAUGAUUCAUAGGAAGGUCACCUUGAAGUUGCCUCACUAAACUAUAUAUGGCUGUUAUAUAUUGCUUGAGCCGUGAUGCUUUCUUUUCAUGCCAAUUGCAACAAAAUGGCAGAAAGAAAUCCAAGGCCAUCAUCAGAUUAUUCACCUGAUAGUGAUUUAACCAGCCAGUGGCCUAAUUUUGAGCUCUCUGAGUACUUGGAAUUUGAUGAUAAUCAUUGGCUAGAUGAUGAUCGAGAAGAGUCAUUUGCUUCUAAGCAUGUUCCAAAUCAGGUUUUUCAAGCCAAUGAAGUAGGUGAUUUUGGAGGAGGUGGCAGCAACUUUGAGGGGUCUUCUAGAACAAUUGAUAAGAACAUCAAGGGAGCUAGAGAGAGAGUUGCAUUCAAAACAAAGUCAGAAGUUGAAAUACUAAAUGAUGGGUUCAAAUGGAGGAAGUAUGGCAAGAAAAUGGUGAAGAACAGCCCCAAUCCAAGGAAUUACUAUAGGUGCUCAGUAGAAGGAUGUCCUGUUAAAAAGAGGGUUGAGAGAGAUAACGAUGAUUCAAGAUAUGUAAUCACAACCUACGAAGGCAUGCACACUCAUCCGAGUUCUUGCUAGCAUGGUGGAAUAUGAAGAAGCUUUGGAAGUGCGUUUUGCUGGUCACAACCACCAUAGUUAUUCUUACUAAACCUUCAUGAGCCCUAAAUUUUGUGUUAUAAAGCAUUCAACAUUGUUAGACUUCUCAUGUGUACAAUUGAACUGAAAUUAAAGGGCUGAUAUUGUGGGUUAAUUAUGAUCAUCCACAAUCAUAUUACCUGGGAAUGUAGGUAAAUGUGAACUGACAAGUAAUUCAAAAAGGAAACCCUGAAUCUAUUUGUGGA